UAAUUCUUCUUGAUACUUAGUACUCGUAUAUAGUUACAAAGUCAUAGAACGACAGAACGACAAAAUAAAAUGAUCAACAACCGAUUACUAAACAAUCAUAUUUGUUGAUUAUAAUAGCGUGGGGAUAUGGCGCGUAACCCCACUAUCGCACGUUACCAACUGUCACCCCGUUUUGUGAAUUAUAUUCUUAUCUAAUUAUUUUAUACAUGUUCUUUAUCAAUGUUGAAAUUGUUAAACUUGUUGUGCGAGCUUCGACGGUUACGGCGAUCGCUCGGUCGAGCUUUGCUCGCUCUCGCCACCGAUCCGUCGACCGAGUCCGACGUCCUUAUUUUUUUUUUUGUGUGUCUAUUGCGCCAUUUUGUUCCUUUUGUUUUUAUACAUCUGUUUCAUAUUUCUGUUCCGUCGAACAACGUAUUUUGUUAACCAUUACUCCGUCGAGUUCUUUGUUUAUUAUACUACAUAUUUUUAUAUAUAACACUACUUUCGUGUACUUAUUUACGACUACUCUUCUGUGAGUCAUUUGUAGUAAGUGGUUCACACAAACCACACACGGCGACACCCACAAAUUAAAACAUGAGGUGUGAGACCAAUAAUUAUAAAAUACAAGAGUAUUCUAAUAACAUUGUUGGCACAACACAUCAUUGGAGAUUACAAUGUUAUAAAAAUGUUCACAAAUAUUAAUUAUAUGGAAAAUAUUUACAUGUCUUUUAAAUCAUUAUUUAUUAUAUUAUAAAUAAAAAAUAUUACUUCUCCGACGAUUGUGUCGACCUGCCUGUUGAAAAUCGUGGUUGACGUUUGAAGUAUAAGAUAAGCCGAAAUGGACGAAGUUGUGGAAUCUACUAGUUGGUUUCGAUUCGAGUCUGUUGCUUAUGCAAUAGUAUUUUCAUUUGUUAUUAUUCUAUGGUGUCACUACAAAUGGAAUCGUAAGGAUAUUAACAGAUUUGCUGCUAAACUACAAGGGCCUCCAUCAUACCCGAUCAUUGGUUCGGGGCUUGAAUUUCUCGGAACACCCCAACAGGUGCUUGAAAAUUUAAUAAAACUUGGUGAUGAUUUUGGACCCGAACCAUUCAAACUCUGGAUGGGUACAUCUUUUGGCGUAGUAAUAAUUAAACCCGAAGACUCUCAAAUUGUAUUAAAUAGUGCCAAAGCCCUACAAAAAAGCAGUUUUUAUAAGUUUUUCAAGAACCUAAUCGGCGAAGGUUUAUUAUCGGCUCCUGUUGAUAAAUGGCGAGUGCAUCGUCGUUUAAUUUCUCCAGUAUUCAAUGCCAACCUCCUAAAUCAGUUUCUUCCUGUUUUUCAUCAGAAAAAUGAAGUUCUGAUUAAAAAUUUAAGUAAAGAAGUGGAUAAAAUACGACCAUUUAAUCUUAUAUCUUAUAUAGCACCCACUACUCUCGAUACAAUUUGCGAAAAUAUGAUGGGUUACAAUUUAGAUACUCAGUUAAAUGAUAAAUCCGAAUUUUUUGCCACAAUAUUGAAAGCAUCAGAAUUAGAUGCAAUGAGAAUAUACAAACCAUGGCUCUAUCCAGAUAUAAUAUUCACUUUUUAUCGAAAACUCAAAGGUUUGCAAAAUAUCUAUAAGACUUUGGACAAACUUCCAAAUAAGGUGAUUAAAGAAAAGAAAGAAGCAUACGCUCAGAGGAAAAUAACAAAUAAAACAAAUAGUUUUGAUAAUUCUACUGACAAAGGCGAAAAAAAACCUUCAAAAGGGUUUCUGGACACUCUAUUAGAAUUAAAUGAAAUCGGUGUUAAUUUAACAGAUAUAGAACUUCGGGAUGAAGUUGUGACCAUGAUGAGUGCUGGAAGUGACUCCAGUGCUAUUACAAUGUGCUUUUGUCUUUUAUUGUUGGCAAUUCAUCCAGAUAUUCAAGAUAAAGUUUAUGACGAAAUUUACGACAUAAUGGGCGAUGGUGAUGAAAAAAUUACCAUCGAAGACACAAAUAAACUUGUAUACCUAGAACAAGUGCUUAAAGAAACCCUUCGGCUAUUCCCUAUCGCGCCCAUGUUUCUGAGAAAACUGCAAGAUGAAGUUAAAAUUGUUUCUUGUACCGAAGUACUUCCAAAAGGAACAACAUGUAUUCUAGCUCCUUUAUACACACACCAUAUUUCUGAGUUGUAUCCAAAUCCUUGGUCUUUCAACCCAGAGAAUUUCAAUCCCGAAAAUGUAAAGAAACGGCAUAAAUACAGUUUUAUACCUUUUAGUAGUGGUCCAAGAAAUUGUUUAGGGUCCAAAUAUGCUAUGCUGUCAAUGAAAAUUCUGAUAUCUACGUUCUUGCAAAACUUCAGCGUGCAUACCGAUACUAAAUUAAGUGACAUUAAAUUGAAAGUAGAUUUAUUACUGAGAAGUGUUAAUGGUUAUCCAGUAACUAUUCGACGAAGGGAUAGAAGGCCCACGUACAAACGAAAUCAGAAAGUUUCAUAACGACCGAGCUCAGUUUAGUAUGUGUUGUACUUAUCUCGUUUUUUUAGAAAACGUGGUAAGUCAUUGAUUGUGAUUAUCAUAAGUUUUAAACAGUAUGACAUAAUAUAUAACAUACCUAAGUUAUAAA